AUGAGAGCGAGGCCUGGCGCCAAAUUGGGCUGUGUUUUCUCUAGCGUCAACUCAGCCCCAAGUCAGCCUCGCGCAGACCCACGGGUUGUAACUGGUGACGCGCGCUUCGCACGCUGUGGCCCUGAAACGACACGGGCCGAGAUGGGUGAUAACACGAGGGAUGGACGUUUGAUCUUGAUAAGGGAUUAUCGAGGUAUUUUCCUGGAGACAAAGUUCAUCACCGCCUGCUGCACUUUAUCAAAACCUACCGUGGCCUGGGUGUCAAUGAUUGUUUUUGUACGCGACGGUGAUCCCCUUUUUCUUCAUUUCAUCCCUAAACUUGGCGGCGAAUCUUUCUGCCUGAUCAUAGCGCCGGGCGUCGGCAUGGGUCUUGAGCGCAGCCAGCAUCAUGUUGACACGGUCGAUCGGCUUGUUGGCCCCGACUUUGGAAAUGGCCUUCAUGCCAAUAUCCUCUGCCUCGCUCAUGACGUUUUCAAAAUUUUCCUCCUGGUCCCAAUCGUUGAAGAGUUUCUCAUUGUACAAGGCGCCCUUGAAGCCAGACUUGUCAAUCUCGGUGCUGAAAACGUGGUCCUCACCCUCGCCGACGAGCCCACAGUUGACCUUAUCAAAAUUGGGCGGUAG